AAAACCUGUCAGUAUCGCAAAAAUAGUGAGCAACAUGAGUCAGUAUCCUGGUGGUCCGCCUCCGUACUAUCCUCCGACGUGGCCUCAUCCGCCGCACCAUCCGCAUCCGCCGCACAACCCGCACCACCCACCUCAUUAUCCUCCUCCGCACCACCCACAUUAUCCGCCUCCCCCAGAUGGUGGUCAGGUAACGGCGCCUCCCGCCAUGCCGUACUAUGGGACGGUCAUGAUUCCUGUGCCAAUCCCACAACCACCACAACCAACUGUGGAGAGCCAACCGACGUACAUCACAAACUACAUCUACCACGGAGAGACUACGCACACGGAUGGAGGAGUGAGUGUGGCCGAAACUGCUGGUGAGCACGACUGGGUACCCACCACGUCUACCAUGGCGAGUACCCUAACUGGCAGGGCUGUUGUAGGUGGCCACGAAGGCUGGGACGGCAGCCCACUUUGGGUAAUCCGUGCUUGGUACAAUGGAGAUCUGAUACCUGGAAAGUUAUCCGUGAGACACAACUCUGCUUCGGUUAUGUAUGAUGGAAAGGAGAUCACAGUUCAGAAUAUUGAAGUUUUGUGUGCAAAACCUGAGACUCUGCGUUGGAUUCCAUCAUCAAACGGCAGCGUUCCUCCUGGAGCUAUCGUGGGAGGUAGGACAGCGUCUGGUGAAGAACUCUAUGUCGGCAGGGCUAGAUACCAGCUGUCUGUCACUCCUGGGAAGGUGCACCCUAGCCACCACUCGUGCUACAUCGGGUUCGGUGGCGCUGAAGUGGCCCACAAAAUGUACGACGUGCUUUGCCGUUCCAGUUAAAGUGAUGACGAACAGUUUUCAACGGACUAAAGAUUUAGUAUAAUUUUUUCAAACGCAUAUAGAAAUGUGUUUAAAUGCAGUGCAUUUGUGAUAGAAAAUUUGUAAAGAAAAUUUGUAUUUGUGUACGAUAUUUUUGUAAAAAUAGGUACCUAUUGUAUUUAGAUUGUGUGUAAUGUAUAUACUUUGGCUCUCAUUCUUCCCUUAUCUUUUUGUUUGAUAAGAUAUCGCUGAAUACUUCAAGAUUAGUUUAUGUAUAAUUGAAUAAACAAAGUUUUGUAUCGCAUACUUAUUUUUUAUUGCAACAUAACUAGAUUGAAUUAUUUCUCAUAAAGAUAUUCUAUUAAACCGGAUUUAACAUUUAUUUUUACUUAACAAUUAGAUGCCACAGUCUGUGUUCAUUCGA